UCUGAAGCCGCUUCAAUGUGGACCUCCCUCCUAUCCACUUCCUCUUCCACCUUCCUCCCCUCCCCCUCCCCCUCCCCCUCCACCCAUUCCUUCCCACCACCCCCACAACCCCGCCGCCGCCUCUUCCGCCGCGUCGCCGUCGUCGCCUCGAUCCCCGACCCCGCCGAGGGGCGCAAGGCCGAGUACACGCCGUGGCUCAUCGCGGGGCUCGGCAACCCCGGCAGCAAGUACCACGGCACCAGGCACAACGUAGGGUUUGAAAUGAUCGAUCGGAUCUCUGGGGAGGAGGGGAUUGUGAUGAACACGAUCCAGUCGAAGGCAUUGAUCGGAAUCGGUUCGAUUGGAGAGGUGCCGAUUAUGUUGGUGAAACCACAGUCUUACAUGAACUACAGCGGUGAAUCGGUUGGACCACUUGCUGCAUAUUACCAAGUUCCAUUGCGACAUAUCCUUUUGAUUUAUGAUGAGAUGAGUCUUCCUAACGGUGUUAUGAGGCUUCAACCAAAGGGUGGCCAUGGACAUCAUAACGGAGUGAAGAGCGUCAUGGAACAUUUGGAUGGUUCCCGCAACUUUCCUCGGCUAUGCAUAGGCAUUGGCAAUCCACCUGGAACGAUGGAUAUGAGGGCUUUCCUUCUGCAGAAAUUUAGUUCCGAGGAACGUGAGCAGAUAAAUAGCGCGCUAGACCAAGGGUUGGAGGCCGUGCGGACUCUGGUGCUCAAAGGUUUCAAUGCGAGUAUUGAUAGAUUCAACUUGGUUCAGAAGUACAAGCAUCACAAAGUUUGAGAUCAUUUGAGAUCGUCCGAGCCACUUCGGUUGCUUUUGAGGGAAGUGAGUAGCUACAUUCUUGGCCUUGGUUGCAGUGCAUAAUCCAGUAAUAUUCCUUCAAGACGGCGUUCGUGCUUGUGACUUUAGCAAGAUGCAGAUGUCUUCAGGUUAGUCAGAAUCAACAUGAUCAAACAUGAACAAAGAAGAGCUUUAGUUGCGCAUGUUCUAGCGGAUAAAAUGUGACUUAAUGAGGCAAAAGUAGUCGCAUAGCCAAGUAAAAGAGUUUUAUCACUGAAAAAUGGGCUUCUUUCAGCUGGCUGUCAGACUUUGCAGAAAAGGCUGCUGCUUGUGUUAUUCAUAUGUGGUUAAUGAAAAUAAUGCCUGUCUGUCUUCAGUGCUCUCUAUUUUCACUAGCCUUGUCUCUCCUGUGCGUUGUUGAUUGUUAAUCUUAGAAAGAUGCAAGUUUAUAGUUUAUGUGAUCUGUUUAUUCGGUGUAAUUGACUUGUGUUUCAUCUGACUAACUGCUUCAUGUAGCUAUACUGAGUCGUAAGUACUAUUGCGGGGGCCAAAAGCGCUUUCAACCUUCAUGUGUAGAACAAGUCUAACGGCUAUUAAGGUGUAAACAAGAUUAUAUUGAUUUUGUGAGUGUUAGCAUAUUAGAUGACCA